UCUAAACAUGGCGCACCCACCGGCGAUCAAGGAGCAACCCAUGGAUCUCGUUCCAAGCAUACAAAACUGUCUGAGCAUGAACCACGCCUACCAGGAGAUGCUGCUGGAGGCGAUAGAAGAACUACAAGUGAUGCUCCAGAGCAACCGCGACACUCAGAGGGAGAUGAUAAUCCAAUUAAAGGCCAAGAAGACAGUACCGAAGCCUGCCACAGCCGGUUCCCGUUGGUACACGCGAUCGCUGGUUAUCUUUCAACAUCCUUACUUCAAGGACGUCAACGGCAUGAGGGCACCACCGAACAUGGACGAGAAAACAAAGAAAGAGAUGGGAGAACUGGAUCCCUAUAUCAAGGCUCCAAAACAAUGGACGAAGAAGGAGCACCAGCGGCUCAAACAGUAUGUACGGGCAAACCUCCUGGACAUGGCUACAGAAAACAGGAGGGACAGCAUAGGACGGGUCGCGAUCAUGGACAAAAGUUCGGCCUCUGAGCUCGCACGAAAACUCGAAGAAGAUAUUAAGGCGCUCAAGAAUUUACCUACGAAGAAGCUAAUGAAGACGGUCAACAGACCUCUAGACUGGCUGAGAAUCUCAGCGGUUGAUUUUCAGGGUGAGAGAGACCCAUUUUCGUGUGAGCUCACGUGGAAGAACUUCGUCUGCAAGGGUUCGGACAAGUGGUCCAAGCAAGAAGACAACGCGCUCAAGGCUCUGGCCAAGAAAAAGGAAGGGAAAGACUGGGAUCGCAUCGCGCAGAAAAUGGGGGCGAAGUGGACGGCCUUCCAGUGCUGCCAGAGAUACCAUGGAAAACUUACGUCCAGAAUCAAGAAUGGUCCUUUUUCACCAGACGAAGACAAGGAGCUCCUGUUGAUGAUCACCCUGUGCCGGACUGGCGACGACAUACCCUGGUCGCAAGUGGCGUACCACAUGGAAGGCCGUACACGCACACAGCUGUACUACCGGUGGGAACGGGCACUAAACCCUCUGCUGCGUAGGGGAAAGUGGUCCAGGGAGGAGGAUGUGAUGCUGAUAGCAGCCGUACAAGCUCACGGCCGCCGCUGGACGAGGGUCAAAGACUUUCUACCGGGCAGAACGGCAAAUCAGUGCCGAGAAAGGUACGUAAACUCGUUCUCGGGAAACUACGUCUUUGGGCACUGGAGCGCGGAAGAGGACGCCAAGCUCAUCGACUUGGUCGAAAAAUACGGACCAGGGAAAUGGGCCCUGAUAUCCAGUGAGAUGCCUUGGAGGAAUGACAACAUGGUCCUCAUGAGGUACAAGAGGUUGACCAGGAAUCAUAACCUCAAACAACUGAAGUCUGCUACGGAGAGUGUGGCACGACCACAAGGAUCAGAGGAUUUUGCUCAACUUAGACUUACAUCGAGUGGAAGGAGAGAGGAGAUUGUCAAUCAGCUAUGGUCAGAGAAUGAAACAGACCACAGCAUCUCCAAGCAGAAAUGCAGUCUUCUGCACAACUCCUUGGUUCGCCACCAGCACACUGCAAGCAUGGCGGAGCCCGAUUACCUGCAAGAGGAAGACGAAGAUGAAGAUGAAGAUACAGAUCAGAUGUCAGAAGAGUACGAAUAGUUAACCAUGUGGUAUUCACUGCUACAGUAUUUGUUACCUAUGUUAUGUUUUGUUUGUUUUUUAAUGGGCUCUAAUAGAAAUUGCUCAGUUGAACUGUU